UCCUCCCAAAUUCUCAGUACAUAACAAAUGAAUUUGUUCCAAAUCAGCAAAAACAACACUCCAGUACAACGAGACAUCACAUAUUCAGAAAAUGUAUUUUUGAUGUUAACAUCGUCAUUUUGACAAAACUAUCUGCAAUUGUCACGGAUGUUUCUUGGUUGAUUCCCUGACGGGUUUACAGCGCUUGGACCGGAACCCAGCGAGAACAUGGCGCCCGGCGUUCGGUGGAGGACGUGGAGCUGGCGCUCGAGGAAAUCCAAAGUUUGGCUGCCGUUGCUGAUUGGCGCUGUGCUGAUCAGCUUUAAUGAUGGUGCCGAAGAAGCACCGGAGAGAGGAGAGUGGGACAUCAUCGUCGUCAACGGGUCAGGACCGAUACUGCUGAGAAAAUCUAUGUACACCGGCACUGACAUAAGACUGAAAAUUAAAUCCUUUGGAUGUCCAGGAGAAACGAAGUUUACCAUUGACUGGUUCUUGAAAUACUAUCCAUGUCACAAUCGGUACAAGAACAUUGCUGAAAUGUAUGAGAAAAUGGAGCCGAACAGGGGAAAAGGCCAGAGCCUCAUGAAUUUAGGCGACGGGGAAUGCAUUCAGUCAGAAAAAUUGCAGGUUAUGUGCAAUAAGGAGCUGCGAGUCUUCCCCCCUUUUAACAAAACAAACCGGGUGCCUGCUCCUGUGUGUGUUUCUCCACAUGAUAUGAAACUGAAUACCAGUUACAUGAGAGAUGGAUUAAAACAUCCUCACGAGGAGAAUGUUAUCACCACUACAUGGAGAGACGGCCCCUACCUGCUCGCAGUGUUCAUUAACUCCAAAAGUAAGGUGGCCAACUGGAAUUUAACAGUGAACAUUGUAAUGAAAGGCUCCCAUGGAUUUAUCUCCAUUACGGAAUGGCCACUUAUGAUUUUCUACAUGGUGAUGUGCAUGGUGUACAUUCUCUAUGCACUGUUCUGGUUCUUGUGGUCCGCCUGCUACUGGAAAGAUCUCCUGAGGAUCCAGUUCUGGAUCGCCGGUGUCAUCUUCCUGGGCAUGGUGGAGAUGGCCGUCUUCUGCGCCGAAUACGAGAACACCAACACGGUGGGCUCAGCCUCUCAAGGUUUGCUGAUAUUCGCUGAGCUCCUCUCGGCCCUGAAGAGGACCCUGGCCCGGCUGCUGGUCAUCAUCGUCAGCCUGGGAUACGGGAUCAUCAAGCCUCGCCUGGGGACCGUCAUGCACCGAGUGGUGGGGCUCGGAGUGCUAUACUUCGCCUUUGCUGCUAUUGAAGGUGUUCUGAGAAUUACUGUGGCGAAGGACUCAGAUCUGGCCCUGCUUGCCAACAUUCCGCUGGCUCUACUCGACUCCUCUCUGUGCUGGUGGAUAUUUGUGAGUCUGGCCCAGACUAUAAAGACUCUUAAGCUCAGAAGAAACCCAGUGAAGUUGUCGCUCUACAGACACUUCACCAACACACUCAUCUUUGCCAUCAUUGCCUCCAUAAUUUUCAUGGUGUGGACAACCAAAAAGUUUCGGUUAGCCGAAUGUCAGUCUGACUGGCAGGAGAUCUGGGUGGAUGAUGCUUUCUGGAGAUUCCUGUUUUCGGUUAUUUUACUGGUUAUCAUGUUUCUCUGGAGGCCGUCCGCAAACAACCAGAGGUAUGCCUUCACUCCACUGAUUGAUGACUCAGAUGACGAAGAGGUUGAGGAGUUUCUUGUAUCCUCUAACUUGGGCGAGGGCAUCAAGCUGAGGGGAACGAAGACCGAGUCAAACGGGACUGCGAAACCUGUAGCACCUGCUGAUGAAGACCUGAAGUGGGUAGAGGAGAACAUUCCUACUACUUUGACAGAUGUUGCCCUCCCCGUUCUUCUUGAUUCGGAUGAGGAAAUCAUGACGACGAAGUUUGAGAUGUCAAAAAUGGAAUGAAGCACCACUUUGAGCACAGUUCGAGUGUCAGCCGCUUGUGACCUUGCUGGGGAGCAGUGGGGCGAUGUACUCGGCACGUCAUUAACAACCAUUGUCUGUCUGUGACCUUUUAUUUCACCGUAUUUGCUUACAAAACUUUUUCAUCCUGUUUCAUCCUGCUCAAGUAAGGAAAAAUGAAUUUUCAUUUUUGCUCAUGAACAAAAAUAUGCUAAUCUUGUUCCUGGAAUUUUUCAGUUAUUUUUCUUUUAAAAUUCCAUUUAUUUAAAAAAAUAUAUGCGACUGGGAUGACCAAAGUCUAAGCCUGUUUUUGUUCCACGUCUAUCUGUUAACGUAGAUCUGAGGUCAGUUUUGUGCUAUCUAAUGCCACUUUUUGGUUUGCACAUUUGGUUCAUCUUACUUUUACUAAGGAAGCCCUAUUGUUGUUUAUGUGAGCAGUUAAUGCAUUUAUAACAGUGUCUUCACAGCCCUUUUAUUGUCAUAAUGUUCAUAAUGCUGGUAUUUUAUGGUGAUUGUUGUUACCUUGAAACAAUACUUUUUGUUUGGGACUUUCUUCCUAGUGAGAUGCAAAGCAAUACCCCUUCUUUGGUAAUGCAAAUAUUACUCUUCCCUGCUGGACCCAAUAUAUAUCUUAAAUAUUUAGGUAAUACUUAAGGCAUUCGACCUGUUUUGAUAUUACCUUCUUUGAUAUUGCAAAUGCUUUGGAUUGACAAAUGUGCACCUUUAUUACAUAGGGAAUGAUGCUGAUCAUUAUCCUGGUGACGAUUUUUAAGCGCUUUUGUGCAAAGCAGAACUUGAUGAGACAUGAGCGCGAGCUGCAGUGUUGAUGAGAUGUCUGUUGCGGUAUCCUCAAUAUGUGACAACCCCCAACUCCCUCCCCCCUAGUCUAACUUCGUUGGUUCAGCCUCGUUUCUCAGAGGGCACUACUGGUUUUCUCAAUACUCCCUAUCCUUUGUAUGUAUACAUGACUUGUUUCCUGUAAGCGCCGGUCCAGCCCUCUAUGUAAAACCCUGGUGUGUCCUGUAUGGUAAACCUCACACCUUACGGCCUAAGUAUUUAACUAUUAGCACAUGGUGUAAAUGGUACAUGGUUUUUAAAAAAUAUUUGUAUGUAGAACACGUACAGCAGUAUAUAGUUUGCUGCAAGAAGGACAGCCUGCAAUGUGAAUGAAAUCGAAAGCAAAUUGAAAGAAUUCUGGUUUUCAGUUACGAUUGGCGAAGUCUGUAAUUGUUUUAUGACACAAUGUGUUUUUUCUUUCUGUUUCUAGUAUAUAUUUCUUUACCUACUUUGAAAUGGUGAGCUUUGGUGCUUCUGCAAGUUUGGAUCAUUCCCUUUAGGUUAUUUUUGUUUUCUAAUUCCACCGGUGGCAGGGUGUCCGAACACUAUUCCUGUCAUUUUUAUGUUUGGUUUGCAAAGGCAGGUUGGAGCAUAUUCGAUACACUCCACCUUUGUCUGUUUUGUUUGAAAUCUCCCCCCACCCCCCGUCCUCUCUUCUUUUGCAAUUUAUGGGAUCUUGUAAAUCUAUAUAAAGUUUGGUUGGCUCGGAGAACAGGUGUAUACUUUCUGGUUUUUCAAUAUUGAUUAAUUUAAUUGUAAAUAAAAAUUCUUUAUUUUAUCGA